UUGCUAGAAAAAUUCCACCUAAUGUACAGAUAUAACAUAUUAUAUAUUUUCGCAUACAUAAUACUUAUCAAUACAUGUACAUAGUCUUUAGCACUAUCAGUGAUUAAACACUAAAAAAAAAUUAAUUAAAAUAUCUUGUUUUAUUUGUUAUUAUUAAACUUAUAUAAAUGAAUUUAUUUGUUGUUUUUUGCUGUUAGAUUUAAUUGGUACUUUUAAUGAUUUCGAUUAUAGAAAAAAAUUAUUCUUGUCAAAUUGACACAGAGCAUAUGAUGUCGGGGAAAAGUCAAAUCAAAAUAAUGGAUAGUGCUAAGGUUGAUGAAGAAGAGACUCAACAACGUAUUAAUGAUGGCGACUGGCUUUGCGUUGAUUCACAAUGUGGUAACAUCAACUUUGCUAGACGCAAUUCCUGUAAUCGAUGUGGAAAAGACCGAGGUGAAUGUUCAAAAAAGAAAAAAUUAGGACAAGAGAUUGGAAAAGUUGCUGCUGAAAAAUCAAGAGGAUUAUUUAGUGCUGAUGAUUGGCAAUGCAGCAAAUGUGGUAAUGUCAAUUGGGCAAGAAGACAUCAAUGUAAUAUGUGUAAUGCACCAAAAUUUGGUGCAGUUGAAGAGAGAACUGGUUAUGGUGGUGGCUACAAUGAUCGUGGUGUUGUUGAAUAUAAAGAACGUAAAAAUGACGAUGAUGAUGAUUAUGAUGAAUUUGGUAGAAGAAAAAAAAAAAGAAAAUUAGAUAGAUCAGAUGAUGAUUCAAAAGAUUCAAGAUACAGCACAAGUCCAUCACGUUCUAAAUCUGAUAAUAAUCAUCACGAUUCUCAUGUCAUCAAAAGCAAUUAUCGUCAUCAACAAAAUGGAGCUAAAAGAGUACGAAUUUAUAAUGAAGAUGAUGAUAGAAAUGAUAGAAAUGAUAGAAACGAUAGAAAUAAUAGAAGAGUAAUUGAAGAUGAUGAUAAAGAUGACGAAGACGAAGAUGAAGAAGGUGAUUUAUCAAAAUAUGAUCUCAGUGAAUGGGAAGAUUUUGUACCAGCAAAAAAAAGUACCAAAAAUUGUUAUGAUUCAUCUAAUAAAAAACAUCGAACAAGACACAGCGAAAAAUGGAGAAAUUCAAGGUCUUCGAGAAAGUAAAUAGUAAUAUUUUUUCGAAAUUGAAAAAUU